AUGAAAUUAAAGGAAAUCGAUCGAACUGUUCAUGUAGCUUGGUCACCAGCCAAGACUGAUGAUCAGACAGCAAAUGUGAAUUAUUUAGUUGCUGGUACAGCUGCUCAACAACUCGAUGCAAGUUUUAGUUUUAACAAAUUAAUUUGGCCUUCAGUGAAAUUAUUAAUUGGUGCAACGGAAAAAGGUCGUAUAUAUUUAGUUGAUCCUUUGGCUCAAAAGAUUUCUCAGCAACUUGAUAAACAUACUGGAAGUGUUCAUUCAAUUGAUAUGAAUAUCCUUCAACCAAAUCUGUUCGCUAGUGGUGGAUCAAAUGCUGAAUUAAUGAUCUGGGAUUUGAACGAUCUCAAACAACCAAUGAUACCUGGUGGUACAACACCGUCUACUCAUCAUAUUGAUGAAGAAGUUCAAUGUGUUGCAUGGAAUCGACAAAAGUCUCAUAUACUCGGCUCAACUCUCGGUGGAAAAACAUUAAUUUGGGAUUUGAAAUCAAGCAAUGAACCAAUAUUCAAAAUAACCGAUUCUACAUAUCGUAUGCGAGCAAAUCGUCUUGUUUGGCAUCCAGAUAUAACAAGUCAACUGUGCUUAGCAAGUGAAGAAGAUCAAUCAGCAGCUAUACAACUUUGGGAUCUUCGAUAUGGCGCAAGUCCAAUGAAAUUACUUAAUGGUCAUACAAGAGGAAUAUUAGAUUUACAAUGGUCACCAAACGAUGGUAAUUUAUUGAUGUCAAGUGGUAAAGACAAUAAAAUUAUUUGCUGGAAUCCAAAUGAUUUAAGUGUGAUCGCAGAAAUUGUCUAUGAAAUUCCAUGUAAUCAUUGGUGUUUCGAUGUGAAAUGGUGUCUUGUUGAUCCCAAUUUGAUAUCUGCAUCGUCAUUUGACGGUACAUUGAGUAUUUACACACUGAUGGGCGGUUCGUGUCAAGUUACACGAGCAGUGAACAAUCAAUUAUUUGCUCAAGCAUUCGGCGAUGGACUUCCUGCAUCACAAGAACCACUGCCAUCAACUACGACACAAGACGUUCCACCUAUUAAAUAUGCACCGAAAUGGAUGCGACGUAAAACAAGAAUUUCAUUUGCUUUCGGUGGCAAACUAGUCGUUGUUCAACCACCAGUUACUCCAUCAACAACAGAAUCGGGUCCAUCAUCACCAAGUGCAACGGGAAAUCGUCGUCCACCAGUUCUUAUCCAGCAAGUUGUCGUCGAUCAUACAUUUGUUCAAGCUGUUCAAGCUUUUGAUAAUAUAUUACAAGCUGGUACAUUACUUGAGUAUUGUGAUCAUCAAAUAUCGUCAACAUCAAACACACAAGAUGAACAAAUUCUUUGGCGUUUUCUACGUGCUUCAUUUGAUAGCGACUCAAGAAAUAAAUAUAUCGAAUUAUUAGGUUUUCGACGUGAUGAUAUUUUGAAUAAAGUUCAAACAUUGACGACACGCGACGACAAGAUCAAUCUACCAACUGAAUCUUUAAAUGGAUUACAUUUAGAUGAUAAACAAGCAAAGAAACACUCAAAUGCCGAAAUAGAAACUUUACUUAGUCGUUGUAUCAUGUUGGGACAGUUCGAACCUGCCGUUGAUUUGUGUUUUAAUGAACAACGGUAUACCGAUGCACUUCUACUAGCUCAUCUUGGUGGUCAAGAACUUCUAUAUAAAACACAAAAACGAUAUUUCGAAAAAGUUCAAACACCAGCGACUAAAUUAAUUGAUAUUAUUACAAAUCAAGAUUGGCCACGGCUAAUUGAAACGAGUAAUAUGACUAAUUGGCGAGACAUACUUGUUGCCCUUUUAACAUACACAAGUGGUUCGACCUUUAUCGACUUAUGUAAUCAACUGGGUUACCGUUUAGCUCAACAACAUGUUGGAACGAACGAUUCACUUCGUACAUAUGCAUCGAUAUGUUUUAUUUGUACUGGAAAUUUAGAACAAUUCGAUAUCGCUUGGUCUAGUAAAUAUCAACAACAGGGAAUGUCAUCAAUGCAGUUAGAACGAUUAAUUGAAAAAUUAUUCAUUCUCAAGCGAUCAUCGGAUUAUGCCAAUGCUCAACAACAGCAACAACAAAAGAAGACAGUAAAUACCUCAGGAUCCAUGGAUGGUCCAUCGAUCAGUCGCCAUUUAGCAUCAUUUGGUGAAUUGUUGGCCAAUGAAGGAUGUGCAAGAGCAGCACUUGUCUAUCUAGGAAAUUUACAAACACCGGAGUUGGUUGUUUUACGUGAUCGUCUCUACUAUGGUCUACCAACGAAUCAAUUGACUGGUAUCCCCAAACCGCCCAGUCCAUUUCGACGCAUUGAUGUUCCUAAUCCACAACAGCAACAACAUCCAUCACAAAGAAAACCAAGUUCUAAUGCACCUCUACAUUUUCGACCACAACCGACAGCUGAACCGUCAUUCGUACCACCAACGAAUCCAAGUUGGACACCGUCAUCACCAUACAUACCAACAAGUGAUCUGAAUGCUCGAGCAGCAACUAGUUUAAUAAAUAAUCGACUCCCAACACAACCGGCAGUAGCGCCAGCAUAUCCACCCAAUUUUUACAAUCCUGCUACAGCUGUCCCUCAACAUUUCACACCACCAUCAGUGCCACCUCCCCAACACUACGUUCCUGGCCGCGCAACACCAGGGCUACCAUCAUCAAUACCGAAUGUACCAAAUGUUCCAGCAUCCACGAUGCCUUCCGUUCCAUCGUAUCAAGAUUCUAAACCAGCAAGUGCAUGGAAUGAUCCACCCGCAGUUAUGAUGAAAGUGUCAAAACCAAAUCCAGUCAAACCACCGACUGCACCAACAGAUGGUUUCGCUGCAAACAAUACUCAAUUUCUCCCAAUUGCUAACGAUCCACCUCAAACAAACUUUCAUUUUAAUCCAGCAAUAACAAGUCAACCAACAGGAUCAGGCUAUCCUGCGACUAUGGCACCAACAUCCGAUUUCAUUCAUCAUCCGCCAACGUCUGGACAAGAACCAAUUGUUCGAAAAGUAGCUACGCCGCCUCCUCCACCUGCACCUGUCGUCAAAGGUCCAAUACCGACUGAACAUCAAGUCAUUCAAGAUACAUUCGAUUUACUUGUUAACCGAUGUCAACAAGCAGCUCAACAGUUACCAUUAAAGCGAAAAUUAGAUGAAGUGAAGAAGAAACUUGAUGUUUUAUACGAUAAACUUCGAGAAAAUCGAGUUCCACAAAGUGUUCUACAAGGUGUUCAUCAAAUGAUUGGUUAUAUUCGUCAAUAUGAUUAUCAAUCAUCUAUGACCAUUUACAAUCAAUUAGUUGCAAGUGAGAACCUUGCUGAAACAAGUCAAUACAUGCCAGCUGUUAAGAUUCUUCUUCAAUGUUGUAUGCAACUGAACGUUUAUUGUCAAUGA